GGCAUUUACUCGGGGCUCCGCGCCCGCCGCUGCCUAUAAGAACAGCGCGGUGCGGCCGAUGCCGCCUGGGUCCCUCCGCAGGCAGCUGCUCAUACUGUUUUGUGGGCACACUUGCUGGGCUGGGGAUCCCACAGCUGGACUUCAGUCUGACACUGUAGCACUGGGAAUCCACCACAGCUGCUGCUUGCCAGGCUCCUGGAGGUACAGGAUGACUGUCUUUGAUGGCAGCUACCCCUUCUACCCACAGCAGAGGAAGGCCUUCGUGUUUGACAUCAGCGCCAUCAUAGUGAUUGUGGUCUUCCUAACGUUCGCUUGCAGCUUCCUGCUUAUCAUCCCGGGCAUCCGUGGACGGGCGAGGCUAUAUUGGAUUCUCAGAGUUCUCCUCAGUCUCCUCAUAGGAGUGGUGAUCAUCGUUGUCCAGUUCACAGGGGACUGGGAGACCGGCUGGGUAACAGCAAACACCUCCUACAAGUCCUUCAGCCAUGCCCUGGUGAACGUGGAUGUUGGGCUGCACAUUGGCCUGGUGGGGGUGAAUAUCACACUCAUGGGAAACCCGGUGAAUCAGGUCAAUGAGACCAUCAGCUACAAUGAGCACUUUGCUUGGAGCUUUGAUGCAGACUAUGACCACAGCUACAGCAAAGGGCUGGAGAGGGGGCUGCCCAGCCCCAUCCUCUAUGUGGCAGAGAAGUUCACCACACAAAGCCCCUGCAACAUGCACAGGCAGUACCGCAUCUCCAGCCACUAUGCAUCAGCCACUCUCUGGGUGGCCUUUUGCACUUGGCUCAUCUCAAAUAUGCUCUUUGCCAUGCCCGUUCUAGUCUACGGAGGCUACAUGCUCCUGGCCACAGCAGCCUUCAUGAUCUUUUCCUUGCUCUCGUUCUCCACUGCGAGGAAUUCCCUGAUGUGCCCGAUCCAGUUUGGGACUGCAACCCUGCACAUAGGCUAUGGGGGAUCUUUCUGGAUCACGCUAGCAACUGGCUUGCUCUGUUUUGUGGCUGGGAUCACUGUUGUCACAGUGCACUACUUCAACUUGGACCUGCUGAAAAAUUUCUUUGAGCUCCAUGAGGACAAAUCAGAGGAGUACCAGGAAAUGAUUGAAGUGUAUGUCAAUCCUCAUUUUGUGAGCAAAGGUUUGCCUCCAUCUCAGCCCUCAAAACUCAACCCAAACAGUGUCUAGAAAGAAGUUACUCCCACUCCUUCCCUGAAGGUGGAUCUGAAAGGGCAGAGCACAAACCCUUCUUGAUGUCCCCAGAGAACCAUUUCCCUAUCCAACUGCCUUUGAAGAGUGCACAAGUCCAUGUUGGGAUGGGUACUUGCUGAGGAGUACCUUUGCAGGCUGUGUCUCCCUGACCAUGCUCUCUGGAAAAGCGCAGGCUUUGCCGGGAGCUGGCAGGCUGCAACCACAGCAGCUCACAGCUCCAGCAACCUGAGCUGCACAGUCACCUGGGGAUCUCUGCCACAGAGAUGCCCUUCCUGCUCCAUGCCCUGGCACAGCUUGCCACCCUGAGCCUCUGAUGGCCAGUUCUCAUGACAGAAACUGAGCUCACCUGUGAGAUGUCCUAUGGGGAGCACCUGCAACUCCAAAAGCCAGUGACUAAACCCGCUCAUUUCUUUCCCAAGCACUGAUGUUUAGUGUAGACCUUUAGGUGCACCUAGGAAAGCCAGGCACAGACCCAGGCUCAAUCAGGCUAGGUGCUGCAUGAGCUAGAGCAAAAAGACUGCACCAGCAAUAAAGACUGACUAAACAUGCAAUGACAUUUGCCGUGGGGGAUGUGAUGUGACUAUUUUCACUUUCAGACUUGGGCUUUACUAGAUAAGACUUCUACCCUGGAUGGGCCAAAGAGAUGCCACAAGAAAGGAAGCAGAGGGAAGAAUGAAGUUACCCCCAUCCAGCCAGAGCAUGCUUGGGUGAGCUGAGCUCACCAUGAAAUGCAAGCCCUAGGCCAGGCUUUUGACCCAGCCAAGGUGAGAAAUGAAGUACAUUGAGUUGUGUUAUUACAAACAAAACGUGGGCUCUGGCACCAAACCCACUGGCCUGAUGAAGUCUCUACAGCCUGGCACAAGGAGAUUGCCAUACCUGAAUGCUGGAGACGUGGGCAGCUUCAGUCCAAUUAAUUGUAAAGGACAUAAUUGCAGUAUUUUGACUCUUCUUUCCAAGGCAAGACCCUCGCUAUUAAGUUACUUCUUUCACAUUAUAUUUAUGUUGCACUAGUGUGAUUUGUUAUGCACAAGAAUUAUUAUUUUCAAUAAAACUUCACUAAAAACCUG